CAGAGAGAGAGAGAGAGAGAGAGAGAGAGAGAGAGAGAGAGGAAGAGGAGAGAGAAGUGAUGGUUUUGGCGUUGGAUUUGCAGGACUUCCUUCUCCGAGCUAGGGUACUGAAGCUCUACAGACAAGCACUCCGGAUUUCACGCAGAUCUCCCCCUGAUUCUAAAGAUGAAGUGAGACAGAUGAUCAGACAAGAGGUGGUACAGAACAAAGAUUGCAAAGACAAACAGAGGAUUAGGUUUCUGAUUAGUGAUGGAUUAGAGAGAUUGAAGCGUUUCGACGAGACCCUCGAUAUGCAAGGGCGUUAAUUUCUCGAUUUAUUUCCCCAUUGUUCUUCGAGAUGAUAGUUUACUUAUGUUGUAAUAACUUAUCAUCCUCGAAUCGUAAGUGUGAAAUACUUUUUGUUUUUCAAAUUC